AUGAAAUUAGGAUAUAAUGAAAUAAUGAUAACAUCAAAAUAUUUUAAUGAUAUUAAUGAUUUUAUUAAUUUAGAAAUAGGAAUUAAAAGAUUUAGAGGAAAUAUUGAACGAUUUCAUUUUAAUCCAAUUCCAUUAAAUCAAUAUUCAAGAAAGUUCUUUCCUAAUAUUGAAACAUUUCAUAUUUAUAAUGAAAAUGAUAAAAUAUUUAAUGAUGGAAGAAUAUUUAAAAAAGUAAUAUGGUAUAAAGUAGAAUAUUCAAAAUAUUUAUUCGAAAAAGAACAAGGAAAUAUCUGUAAAAAUAUAGAAUAUACAGAAGAAGAUAGAAAGAAAUAUGGAAAUACAAUACCAUCAGAAGUUAAAUCACUUGGACAUGGUUGUUUUUGUUAUUGUGCAUCAUUAACAUCAAUUGAUAUACCUUCAUCAAUUAGUGAAUUAGGAUAUCAUUGUUUUAAUGGAUGUGAAUCAUUAACAUCAAUUAUUAUACCAUCAUCAAUUAGUAAAAUAGGAGCUGAUUGUUUUUAUGAAUGCUCAUCAUUAACAUCAAUUAUUAUACCAUCAUCUGUGAGCGAAAUAGGAAAUUGGUGUUUUGGUGAAUGUUCAUCAUUAACAUCGGUGAGUGUAGAUAAUCUACAAUUUGUAAGUAAAGAAAGAAUAUUUAUGAACGAACCAGUGUUAAUUAGUAUUAAAAUACCAGAUAAUCUAGAAAUAAUCAAUGGAAAGAAUAUUGAAAAGAAAGAUACUAAUGAAUUUAUUAUUCCAUCAUCAAUUACUAAGUUAGGUGAUUGGUGUUUUAAUAAAUGUUCAUCAUUAAAAUCAAUUCAUAUACCAUCAUCAAUUAGUGAAAUAGGAGAUUGGUGUUUUAAUGAAUGUUCAUCAUUGACAUCAAUUAAUAUACCAACAUCUGUUAGUAAAUUAGGACAUUGUUGUUUUGGAUAUUGUUCAUCAUUAACAUCAAUUAAUAUACCAUCAUCAAUUACAUCAUUUGGAGAUGGAUGUUUUUACAGAUGUAGAUGUGAAAAAGAAUUAAAGAAAAAUAAAAGAAUACCAAGAAAAUGUUUUAAAUGA